AUGACGUCUAAGUCUCCACCAAUAGAUAUCGAUGAUAUUUUCAAGAAGAUGGAGAAGAUGGGGCUCAUCUCUAAAGCAGUUGCCAUACUUGAUGGGCUCUGCAAAGAUGGAUUGGUUCAAAAAGCAAUGAAGCUAUUCAGAUUAAUGCAUAAAAAGAGAACAAUCCCUGAGGUUGUGAUUUACAUGACAGUUGUGGUAGGCUUCUAUAAGACAGCAAAGUUUGAUGAUGCAAAGAGAAUUUUCAAGAAAGAUGCAGAAAAAUGGGAUAUACUGAAUACUUUUAGUUAUGCAGUUCUGAUUCAGGACUUAUGUAAAGGAGAAAAAUUAGAGAAUUCUAUUGAACAUAGCAUGAAGAUGUUGAAUACCGGGCAUUUACUAAAUGCAGCAAUCUUUGCUGAUUUUGAAGGUAUUUUUAGAAAGAAGAAUUCUCAGAGAUCCUUUUGA